AGCAAGUGGGCACAGCAUUGGAGCAAAAUCAAAACACGUCAGCAGCCAAAAUUCUGGACUUAAGGCAAUCCAUUCGCGAGAGUUUUGAGUUGUCCGCCUCCGUAUUCAACCAGAUAACAAUCCAGUUCCUCUGAGAUUUCCACAAAUACAUUGUCCACACACACACGUCUCCAUAAACGAAUGACCCUAGGAUUUACCGGCUAGGUGUUUCGGGCUGCAUGAGUAGUUAUCGAGAAGUAUCGGUAGAAGAAAUCCGUUUCUUCAAAGUUGUGAAGCAGUUAAAUAAACCAUGGCGGUUGUUGUUUCUCACGCUUUCCUUGCUGUUCGUCAAGUUCCGUUCAUGUCGUCGUCUUCCUUUAGAAUACGCCCUUGCUUCUCUUCUCGUCGAUGGUUAACUACUCCUCGCUUUACCCCUCAAAGGGUUGGAAGUUUUAGCUCUAGAUGUUCCAUAAAUACUGACGUCUUAACUGACAUUGCAACUGAUGAAGAGGUUCGGGAUGAUGUUGCAACUGAUGAUUUCGGCUGUUCAGUACCUGUUAUUCAUCUCAAAUCUGAUAUCCUGGAAACUGAAGCACUAAACCUGCUAGCUAAGGGCACAUUCGUGGACACUCUCUUGACAACAUUGCCUGUCCUAACGGAGGAGGAGCAGAAUAUUAUUGCUGCAACACCUGCUCAUCCAGCAGGGUUAUACGCUUUAUAUGCUAGUUGCCUGGCUGGGAAUUUGGUGGAACAACUUUGGAAUAUUGCCUCGCCUGCUGCUAUUGCAUUGAUUCAUCCUAGUCUUCUUCCUGUAGCACUAAUGGCUUUCGUUGCUAAGCUUGCUGUAAUUGGUGGAGGUCCUCUGGUUGGCAAGCUUAUGGAUCACUUUCCGAGGGUACCUGCAUAUAAUUGUCUAUCUAUAGUCCAGACAGCUGCCCAGUUGGUGUCUGUUGGAAUGAUUAUACAUGGUCAUACUCUUCAUCCAACAUCUGCAUCAUCUUUACUUUUCCGUCCUUGGUUUGUUGUGCUUGUUCUAGCGGGAGCUGUUGAGAGGCUAUCUGGGUUGGCAUUGGGGGUCGCAGUGGAGCGUGAUUGGGUUGUUUUGUUAGCUGGAACUAAUCGCCCAGUUGUUCUUGCUCAAGCAAAUGCUAUUCUAAGCCGUAUUGACCUCUUAUGCGAGAUUGCUGGUGCGGCAUUGUUUGGCAUUCUUCUGUCUAAAUAUGAACCAGUUUUAUGCUUAAAAAUUGCUGCCGGUUUGAUGAUUGGGGCACUUCCUGUUUUGGUAUCUCUGACAUGGCUAACCAACAAGCUUUCCUCUGGGGUUCUUGACCGUGCUGUGCAAACUUGUUGCAGUUGUUCCUCCGAGCGGUCUUUACUAGAAUCUGAAAAUAUAGUGAGAGUGGGUCUGGAAGCUAUAAAGCAUGGAUGGUUUGAAUAUGUCAAACAACCUGUUCUUCCAGCAAGCAUAGCCUAUGUGCUUUUGUACUUCAAUGUUGUUCUUGCACCUGGUGGUUUAAUGACAGCAUUCUUAACACAGCAAGGUUUAAAUCCAUCUGUUAUUGGGGGCUUCAGUGGAAUAUGUGCUUUAAUGGGCGUCGCAGCAACAUUUGUCUCUGCAAAGAUGGUCAAGCACCUUGGCAUCUUAAGGGCUGGAGCUGCUGGCCUAAUUUUCCAGGCUUCGCUUCUGACCACAGCUGUUGCUGUCUACUGGAGUGGAUCUCUUUCUCAGCAGACUCCCGUUUUCUUUUUCUUGGCUUUAGUUGUAUUGUCAAGACUGGGACACAUGUCCUAUGAUGUCAUUGGGCAACAGAUUCUACAAACUGGAAUACCUGCAUCUAAGGCUAAUCUUGUAGGAACAACCGAGGUUGCUGUUGCAAGUUUAGCAGAAUCAAUCAUGUUAGGAGUUGCAAUAAUUGUUAAUGAUGUCUCACAUUUUGGAUUUCUAGCGACACUUUCCCUUGUAUCAGUAGUUGGGGCAGCAUGUCUAUACUGUAGAUGGUUGGAAAGUCCGACAGAUACACAAAGGACUCUUUUCUCUUUUAGCCCUCAUUUUUGAAAUGCCAAAAAUAAGUAGCAAGUAGUUGUAAAUUCUUCUGUAGCAUGGUUUUAGUCAUCAUAUUGAAAGUUGUACAUCCCAAUUGAACUGCAUCCAGUAUGGCUUUUGUAAAUAGUUACUACUAUAUCAGCUAACAUUCAUUUUAUAUAAAAGUUGUGAAGUACUCAUUUGAAGUGAA